AUGGAUCCUCACAACACGAACGCGGAGGCGAAGAAGACCAUCCUGAGCCACGCUAAGACUCUGAGGCUGCACACGGGGAAUUUAGUGAACAGAACCCGCUUGAAGAAGAAAUGUCCGUGCUCGCCAAGCGAGGAGCUUCAAGAAUGCAUUCAAGCUACAUUGAGCAGCUGGUUCUCUACUAUAGAAGCCCCAACUGAGGAUUUACCGGACACACUGGACUGCAAUAUGGCAAAGGCCACAGAUGCUGUCAUACCUGAGGAGAGGGAGGAGCUUAAGGUGUCAGCCAAGCUGUUCCUCUUCGAGUCGGGUCAGUCGUCCAUUCAAGAUGCAGUGGAGAUGGCUUGUCAGACGCUGGCCGUGUCGCAGUUGGACUCUGUUAUCAUCGCACCGCGAAGACUCCUCGGAGACGAGCAAACGCUGGUUCCGCUUCAGCCGGCAUGGGAAGAGCUGGAAGCGCUCGUCCGCAGCCAGAGAAUCGCUGCCAUCGGCACCUCUGACCUGGACAAAGACUUGCUGGAACAGCUCUACAACUGGGCUCAGGUCAAGCCCAGCAGCAACCAAGUGAACCUGGCGUCCUGCUGCGUCAUGCCCCCCGAACUGACUGCUUUUGCAAAGGAGUUUGACAUUCAGCUGCUCACACACAAUGAUCCCACAGAGUUGAUAUCAGCGGCCACCUUCCAGGAGGCGAUGCAGGAGGGAACUCAGAAUGUGAGCACAGGCAACUGGAAGCUCGAGUGGCUCCUGCGCUACUCCAUUAUCGUCAAGAGCCGUGGCAUCAUUAAGGCCAUGGGCUACCUGUUCAGCGCCAGGAAGGCCGAACUCUAG